AUGUCUCCAAAGCUCUCGUUUCUCGAUCUCCCCUCCGAGCUUCGCAAUGCGAUCUACCUGCAUUAUGUCACCGUAGAAAAAGGCUACGUGUUCAACUUUGAAACAGGAAAACUGGCCGCUCUCGGAAGCGACGGAAAAAUGCAGCCAAUCGACCACGCUCUCAAGUUUACAUGCAAAACAGUCGCAGAGGAGAUGAUGGGCCUCGAUUUGCAAGUAAAUUCCAUCAAUUUUUCUACUGGCUACUCCGACCAAUGGCGCGUCAAUGCGGCCCGAUUCCACAAUAUGCAGGCCUAUUUCAAUUAUGCGGCGGUCAGUAUGCUACAAGGGCCACGACCAACUUCGGAGGAUGAUGAUGGCGAUGGCAAUGCCGACCAGAGAGAUCCAAGGGAGACUCAAGAAGAGAAUUCUAUUGGCGAAAUAGUCAGUAAUCACGUCCAGGACCACGGCCACGGCCACGAUCGUCAUCAAGAACAAGAACAGGAACAAGACGAAGAUGAUGACCAAGAUGGGGAUGAAGAAGAUGAUGAAGAUCAGGACGAAGAUCAGGAUGAGGACGAGAACUCAAGCGAGCAAGUCCUCCUCCCUACUUGCUGUACAGAUGCCAUAGUGGAAGAAGUAGCACAACGAUAUCCCGACUUUAAGCCCAUCCUCGAGAUUAUCAUGCUGGGUACAGAUGUCACUACCCAAGGUCGUCACUUUGGCUUGGUGCCGACAUUUAAACGACAAGCAGUUCUAUAUACAAUAGAGCUCGCAUUGCAGCAGGAGUUGAUUCCAGAAGAUUGGCAAUAUGAGGAUUACUGGGAUAAGCCUCAUAUAAGCGGAUUCGGACGUCGCGAAUAUACGCAAGGCAAAUAUCGCUUCUCCGCAGCGGCGCUGGCUAUAAGAUUUCUAUCAAGGCUCCCUGUCGGCUUGCGAAUGCAUUUGCGGAAGAUUCGCUUGCAUGAAGAUUCGGUGAGCGUAGCUUAUCCGGAAACACAUGCCCAGGGGCUUAUCAAGUUUUGCAUUGAAAACCCAAAACUUCGCAUAGAACGUCAUCUUGAUUUGUGGAGAAAUGUUUUCCAAUCGUUGUCAUGUACAGAUGAAGUGGAGUCUUUCAACUUCAUAUUGGAGAAGAGCUGGAUAACUGACACCACCGAUAGCGAUAGAGGCCCCGGACUGUGGUCUCUGACGCUUACAGACAAAGUUGCUCUCUGGAUGAUGGAAGCUUUGGCUCUUCUCCCACUCGGCAUGCCCAAAGAAUCUUUCACAUUGGUCUUGGAUGGAGGAGAGGCACCCGAAAAGUGCUCAGAGAUUUUUCAGCAAAUCAUCCAACGUGAUGCUGCGUGGCAAGCCGCAUGGGAAAUCGUGGCAGCCAAUGAGUUUGCAGAGGAAUCUUUCUUAAACAAGAGGACUCAUAGCUGCUACAGAAUGGACGGCUUUCCAGAAGCGAUGAGAUGCAUGGAGAACAACCUCCACGGAUUCAUCCAAUGUACAUUUGACCUGCGUCCAAGUAUCUGGGAUGUUGAAAAAGAAACUGAAAAGUUCCGUCAUCUAACACUGGGACAAUCUCAUGCGCUGCCUGUGGAUAACCAGAUAUUUUUACAACCGCCGGAACCGCUACCGAGUUGGCGAGAUCUUCUCGCUGAGAAUAUACUGCCAGAAUUCUUUGGUGAACAAGAAAUCGUCGAAGGCGAAGUUGAUUAUGAUCGAUACUUGGAGGGCAGCGACGAUGAAGAGACAGAGGACGAUGAGUCGCAGCCGGAUGUAAGCGACGAAAAUUAUGCGAAGGUCAUGAAACAGAGAGACGAUUUGUUGAUGGAACGGUUGGCUCAAGGCUUUAUGUUUUUCAACCUCGCUGACCCUGCUUCCGACUCCGACUCCGACUCCGACUCCUACUAAAAGUUAC